AUGCCUGUGGACAACAAUCUUGGAGAAUAUUAUCUAUAUGGAAUUGAAUCUGUUAAAAAAAUAAAAGGAGAUUAUGAUCAGAAUUCGGAGUCAUUCAUACAUAAUAAUUCUGAUAAUCUUAACACUAGAGACCUCGUUGAAUCCGAACAUGGCGAAGUUAUUACCAAGUUGGAUAAAAAUCUGAUUAUAGAGCAGGAGUUGAAACAGCAGCUAUUAUCAUCUAUGCCAAUCAAAAAUAAUGAAAACGAUAAUUCUGAAAAUCAACCAUUUGCUCCCGAUACGAAAAAUGUGUCAAAAGAAUUGAUGAGGUUGUUAUUACUGGAGUUAAGAGAAAACCAGCAACAUCAAUGGUAUAUCGGGAAGUCAAACAACUUCUACCUGAUAUUACUGAUGUGA